AUGCUGUUUGAAGGAAUGAAUUUUAAAGCCGGUUGCCCGAACAAUCCUGGACUGUCGAACUUUUUAACGUUUAAUGGGUCUGCGGCAUCACAGCCUUGCACCCAACCUUUAAUGCCAUCUUUUGCGCUACCGCUCCCGGGAACCCAAGCAUUUGCUAACCCCUCCGUAUCAUCAACGGGACGGCAAAUGCACCCAAACACAAGAAAUGCCACCGGGAUGUUGUCACCCCCAUCAACACUGCCGAUUGAAAACAAGCAACCAGGAAUAGAUUCAUCUUCAGCAAUAGGCGUGUAUAAGAAAUACUAUACGGACGUUUUGGGGUAUUUCAAAACGCUGCUUGAUAAUUUGGAGAAUGUUAAUGCGUCAACAACUAAUCGAACUCAGGGCAUAGCUCCUAAUAAUGUUCAGAAUGGCAGGUCGUUGGAUAAUGAUCCUUGGAGUCACUCAAAAACUGUAAUGGAAGGCUACUUUCGUCAAAGUGGUGCUCGUGACUGGGAUUGGGCCUCGUGGCAUAACUACCUCAGCUGGAUUUCACGAACUCAUCCCGAAUGGUUCCAACUCUUCUCCGAAUGCAGUAAACAGAUGGGCAUUGAUUGGGACGUCAUGUACCAAAAAUGGCUUGCCUCCAAGUCCAAUACCAACGAUCAGGCGCCAGUGUUUGACCUAUCCCGACCUCCUCCAAUCUCGACUUCCAAUCCACAACAGGCUCCACCGCCACCCAUUACAAAUCCCUUCUGCCUCACCUCUGUUCCCCCACCCCAAGAUCCCAGGGUGUGGUGUGAAGAUUGUGACAAAUAUUAUCCCACUCAAAAAGCCUAUGACAUCCACCUUCGUGGUGUCUGUCACAUACAGAAUGCUCUGACAAAAACCAUCACAAACAAUGCGAGUGCUGUUUUGGACAUUCCUCCUCCACAGUGGGCACCUCAAGUUCAUCCGCACCAUGUCGAACCAGCAGUGCCUCGGAAUAAACCCAUGGUGGACUUGCGCCCUUCGCAGAAACUUCAGCUACGGAUUCAGUACUUACUGGAUAUUUGCAUACAGCCGCUGGUUGGUCUGAACUACAUAACGGAGUUUCAGCGUCGGGGUCUCUUGGAGUGUGUUUACGUCUGCGAUCUGUGUGAAAAACGCGCUUUCCUACCCUCUGCUGUCAUUAAGCAUGUCUGCAGCAUCAGACACAGAAUGGCCUAUCUCAAAUAUCACUAUCCUCCACUGCACCAGUUGAUAAGCAUUGAUAGGAGUCCGGAAUCGAUCAGGAAACGACGACUCACUUCGUAUGCACAGCAAGUGGAGUCUAGUGAAGGGCGAAAACGGCUCAGUAUUAUGGUGGAAAAGGAAAACUCCACGUUCAAGACACGCAUUGAGCCUUUGGAGCCGAAGAAAGUGCAAGGCUCCCCUUUAGCCCCCGCACAAAAUGACAAGGUGCUGGAGACUUCACCUCGUACCGAGCUGACCGAUGUGGUGUCCAAGUCAACCGUCCACUCUUCCGAGCUAGGCGAAAACAAUACUAAUGAACUUGGCGAUGACGAGAUAGAGGAGGGAGAGAUGCUGGAUUGUUCGACCUCCUCCUCAAGUGCACCUGAAGAUCAAGAGGGCUUGGCAAAAGAGGGGGGAAUGAAUUCGCCCGCCUCCUCACACUUCUCUGAUGAAGAUGGUGGUGGUGGUGAAUACGACAAUUCUAAACUGCCAAGCUUCUUUUCAGCAGGCGUCAUCGAAUCGAGCGAUAAUCGUCAUAAUUCUAUUGUUGUUCAUCUUCCCGACUUCGAAAUCGGUUUCGUCAGUGAAAGGCCACUUUUGCCUGACUUCACUGCCGACGAGUGUACCGAUUUUGUCGAACGAUUGAGGAAGGAGGGUUUGUUGGGUGCACGACGAUUCUCGAUUUCUGAGGCGUCGGAACAACAAGAGAAGGAAACAACGCCAAUGGAGGUGGCAUCGACGGACUCCCAAUUGGGACGGAGUUUUGAGGAGGAGGCGCGGUGGGCUCUCAAACAAUUGGAGAAUGCUAAGCAGAAAACGAACCCACUCCAAUUUAGUUUUAAAUCCCGUUCCCAAAUCACAGCACCUUCCACUCCGCUUCUUCCCGACCCACCGGCGGUACUAUCGUCCACUUUAAAGGCGACUGAAGUAAAGGAUGGAGACGCCAAGGGUGUUGGUGGACCUUCCAUGAUGAGAAGCGAUUCAAAGAAUCCCGAGUCUGUGAAGCGCGCCGUCAAAACCCUUUUGGGGGAUUUUGAACCUUCAUCUCCUCCUCUUCAGCCACCUCCAGGAUCACGACACGGGCAGACCAUUCCUGUCAUCAUGUCAAAUCAACCUCGUCCCCUUCUCCCACAACCUUCCCAUCCUGCUUCCAUUCCUAAACGGGAGAAUUCGAAAGUUAGCGUGCUUGGAGACCCUCCCAAACGUCUUAAGCUAGAUCAGUUAGACGGAGUGAAAAGUCUCCUUUCUUCGCCACUUGACGCACUUCAGGCUCUGCUAAAAGGUAACCUCGGCGCCUCUAGUGAGCAGCAACAACGAGAGGAGAAUGAAGCAUCCGGGUCUUCAGCUCCCACAACUCAUUCACCAACCAACCCCUCUCCUUGCCCCACGGAGAUUUUUGACGGAUAUAGCUACUUCAGUCGCCAGGAGGAGGAGGAGCUCAAAACACAGGAACGUGCACCCGCCACAAAAACACCACUUAUUAGCCACCGUCAGCGACAGGGCAUCACGAAAUCUGCCACCACCAACAUCGCCACGUCACAGGGGAGGAGUAGCAAGUUAGCCACGUUUGCAGAUAUGCUUGGUAUGAACGAGCCCCCCGCUCCACCACCACCGUCGCGACCCCCGCCACCACCCACACCCGUGCAACCGACAGUGCCGCAGGUACCGACGGCUGCCACCGCAGGCAUCCUUGGUGCUGGUCUCGCCCCUGCUGCGUGGCUAGCAACGCCUUCGCUUUGGCAGUCUCCCGCAGUCAUACCUACGCAGGCACUGGCCACUCCUUCCCCAUCCACUGCGGCUGCUGCUGCCUUGGCAGCUGCAACAGGCGGGUUCAAUCCCGCGGCAUUUCGCUGGAUUCAAAAGCGGACCAAAUUGAGUCAUUUGGAGCCAGGAUCUCCUCACACUUUGUGCCCUUGGGUUGUUUGGAUUCCGCGAACAAGAAAUGUUCGUCCGACACUAGCCACAAUAACCUCGACAUUCUACAGGAUGGGUUUUUCUAAUGGAACGCAUUCACAGGGAUUCAUGAAAUCUUCAAAUCGUAGCCUGGAUGGUCAUCAAGAAAUGGCGAGUCGAUCACGUCAGUUUCGUGGUUGA